AUGGAUGACACUAGAUCCACAGCCACUGAACAUGAGGCAGUCAUAGUCCAUGGUGGCCACAUCCAGAAAGUAGUAGGAGUGAAAGAUGCAAGUGGCCAGUGUAUUUGUAGCGUACAGCUGUCACAUGUUUCCUUCCCUGUACGUAAAGUGGAACAAUUGGAGGGCGACUACUUCAACCUGACCGAUCAUUUACAGAAUAUAUUGAACAAGCUUUAUACCUUCAAUUGGGUGGUGACUGAUGGGAUAGCAAACCUGACAGAACUGGACAAACGUGCAAAAUAUGCAAAGGACUAUGGUGCUCAUAUUGACCUGGAAUUUAAUAAACUCAUACGGGAGAUUACUACAUUGGACACUAUAGCCAAAAAGAUAAGCGAGAACGCAACCUCUGCAGAAAACAAAGAAGUCAUCAACAGGUUGAUUAAGGAGAUCAGUGGUAUGACUGUUUUAGUAAAUUCGAUGGAAACACGUGACCAAAAUAACAUAAUCACAGCACAACGUGAGGUCGAUACUCUUCGGAAAAAACUCAUAGAAUGUGAGGAACAAAUUGGCAUUGUUCCACCAUCAGUGCCAGACAAAGCAUCAGUGCCAGAAAGAACUGUUUUUGGUACAUGUGACCAUGGUGGGCUUCAAAAGGUUAGUUCACCAGUUCUGGUGAAAUUGAACUGGAAAGGUGAAGAUUUCAAAGCUGGAUCCUGGGGAAAAGAUUUUGCCUUGGGCAACAAAUUAAAAGAUUAUUAUUGGGUUUUCCCAAUGAACAAAGAUGAGCGCACACUGGAGUCCUUCCGCCUAUAUGCUUCAUACAAAAAAAUGCUGCUUUACUCUCCUGAACGGGAAUAUGACCUUUCCAUUAGUUCCCCAGGCAGCUGUAAGAACUGUGGCCAAGGGGGUGGUGUGAUCUUCUACAACGGUUCGUUUUUUUUCAACUGUUAUGAUAGCAGAGACCUAUGCAGGACAGAUCCAUUUUCUAUGGAGGUCUCCAGGAUGGAAUUAGAGGACCAGGACCCCAUUUCUUUUAAUAACUGGUAUUCCUAUAAGGAUACUAAAUAUCAAGAUAUGGACAUGGCAGGGGAUGAAAAGGGCCUGUGGAUGAUUCAUGGUGCCACACUAGCCAAUGGGAAUGUAGUAAUUAGGAAAGUACACCCUCACAGCUUAAGAGUAGGAGCACCUUGGAUUACCUCGCAACCAAAGGCUAAGAUGACAAAUACUUUCAUGAUCUGUGGAGUCUUAUAUGCCACGAAGAGAGUGAAUUCGACACAUGAAUUAAUAUUUUACUAUUAUGACACUAAUACAGCCAAGGAAGGCAAUAUAAAAAUCUUAAUGGAGAAAAUUCUGCCUACUGUGCAGAGCUUGAAUUACAAUCCCAAUGAUGAGAAACUCUACAUGUUCAAUGACGGCUACCUGCUUUACUACAACAUCACGUUCAAGAAUCACGUUCCAGCAGUAAGAGGAAGAUCUGAUUCUGGACAGUACUCCAAAAGUGAGAGAGGGCAGAGUCUGGAGAGGAAAGAAGUGCAGGUUGCUGCUGGCCAGAAAGAUCAGAGUUCAUUGAGCCCCAUGCAGCUGCAUCAGCGCAAAAGAGGAAGUGAUGCAAAGCUUGAGGAAGAACAGGUUGCUGCUAGAGCAGUAAGGCAAGAAGCCAUGAGAAAGGGCAACUAGCUUGUUGCUACUGAGUGAGGCCAAAGUGCAACUCAGAAAUAAAGGUAGGAUGCAAGGAGCAAAGAUGAAGGUUACUGAUGGUGAGAACUGUUUUGUAAAUAAAUGUAUUAUUCUAAGUAUUCACACAAAUAAAUACGGCUGUUAUACCUUCCCACAACCUAUAAAGUAAAAAUAAAUGCAGCAUCUGGCACAGGCAUAUUUGCC